AUGGCUGCAGUUAAUCAUUUUUAUGUUUUGAAUAUUGGGAUGAAUAUUAACCCUAAUUUCAAUGUCAUUUACUUGUUCAACAACCUGCAGUUGAGGAACACACUCUAUGAUCACGACAUUCUUGCAUUUAUCAUUCCAACACUCCUGUCGUUGGUCCAGAUCAUAUAUCCAGCUUAUCAAGAUCUCUUCCGAACACACCCUAUGGCCAUGAGCGUUGUGCGGUCUAGCUUGCUUGCUUAUUGCUUGGCCUUCAGCUUGUGGGUGCUAAGUAUAAGACAUUAUGCUCGUGGACAAAAUCUUGCAUAUGCUCAUUUCUGGUGCCCUAUGGCCAUGAGGCUGUUUGGUUCAGUCUCGGUUACUUCACUUCUCUACAUUUUAUUUCCCCAUGACCCCUCCUGGCAGCCUCUCAUUUACAUUUUGUGGGUAGCUCAGUUGCUGCUGCUGCUGGCCUUGCUCCGGAAACUGGUGACCACCACAUGCCCACUUUUGCUGCGACCAGAGAGGAUAGUCAAUAUUGGGCCCCAAUAUAUCAUUCGAGUGAAUGAAUGA